GCGGCCCUCCAUGCCUCGUUUCUCAUGUGUUUCGCGGCAAUCGUGUAUCUGCGAUCAGGCAUAAAUCGAUGUGGAGCCUUCGCUUGGGCACGUCGACCAAAAGAGUCACGCGCACCCGCGAAUUUUGUUUUCUUCACCCUGGAAGCCCAAGGUGUCUCCCAAGAUACGCUUGCCCAGUGUCACCUCCUUUACUGGACAGAGAGCAACUCUCCUGACGAACCGUGUCGGUUCGGCUGUUCUUGGGGACAACCUGUGCACCAGGGUAUCAAUAUUUUGCGAGGAGUGGGGACAUCCACCGCCUACUAUGUAUCAGUCGAAUGUCCGAGCACGGAGGUGUGGGCUGUUCCUGCCGCCCUCCAUCCUCACUAUUUCACUUCUUUCCCAGAAACGCUCAGUGCACCCCAAUGGCUGAGGGGUAGGAGCGCUGGCCAUUUCGUGGUUAAAGAGUUUACCGGCCAUGCCAGACCAGUGGUGUCAAAACCAUGGACCCGCGCAGAACAGCCAAAAUCAUUUUUGGCGAAGGUCGCUCGCAAACCGACAAUACGUUACUAUUUUUUUGAGGCUACAUCUUUUCCGUAUGGGCAGGCUGAGGUGAACUUAGUGGAACCACAACGAUGGUCAUUCCUAGUACUCUUGUGUACCACUGUGUAUGUCGGCGCCGUGGAAAUAUGUCUGAUACUUUACUACCUACAGUUGCAAGCUACCGCUACUUUAGUUCAACAAGCAGACGUAAUGCUGAGGGUGGCAAGAGAACGUGUUAUUGCCAGGACAACUUUUUGCUUUCAAGACAAGGAAACGUAAACGAAAGCAA